UGAAAGACUACCAGACUGUGUAUUGAUCUACCCAGGAAUGGCACAGACUGUAUUUCUUAAAAUGAAAAGUCUCCUCAGAAUACCACCAGCAGCAAAGUGAACAGCCAAAAAAAACCUAUACAAAGUAAAGGAACUAAAAAUGUACUAAAAAUGUUCAAUACAAGUAUGUUCAAUUCAAGUACAGCCAGCUCAAGAAACAACUGCAGUUACAGCACAGUGACAACAAAACUAAUCCUUCCACUGGCCUACAGUUUCAUCUUCAUAGGAGGAAUCUUUUUAAAUGGAGUAGCAGCCUGGAUUUUCCUACACAUUCCUAGCAAGACAAGCUUUAUUGUCUAUCUCAAGAACAUUGUCAUAGCUGACCUCAUCAUGAGCUUCACCUUCCCAUUCAAAGUUUUAGCGGAUUCAGAAAUUGGACCUUGGCAGCUCCGUUUUAUCGUCUGCCGGUUUUCUGCCGUUCUUUUUUAUCUAAAUAUGUAUAUCAGCAUAAUGUUGUUUGGACUAAUUGGCUUUGACAGAUGGUACAAAGUUGUGAAGCCUCAGUUCAUUGGUUCUGUUCACACUAUUCGCUGUAGCAAGAUUCUCUGUGUGAUUGUGUGGGCAUCACAAAUGCUUGUAUCACUUCCCAAUAUGAUUUUAACAGACAAUCCCCCUAACAAAAACACAACUAACUGCAUGGACCUAAAAAGUUCUCUUGGAAAAACUUGGCACAUGGCUUCAAACUAUAUCUGCCUAGGAAUAUUUUGGAUUGUGUUUUUUCUCUUAAUAAUUUUCUAUAGUUCCAUAACAAGAAAGAUAUAUAUUUCCCACAGAAAAUUCAGGAAAAACUCCAAGCAGACGAGGAAAAAAACCAAUCGGAAUAUUUUCACUAUUAUGUUUGUAUUUACUAUUUGUUUUGUUCCAUAUCACAUUGGCAGAAUCCCAUACACAUUAAGUCAAACUAUAUUAGUCUACAACUGCCAUUUGAAAAGUAUACUGUUCUACAUAAAGGAAUUUGCUCUACUACUGUCUGCUGCAAAUGUUUGCCUUGAUCCCAUUAUUUAUGUUUUUCUUUGCCAACCCUUCAAAGAAAGGUUGUACCGAAAAUUACACCUCAAGCUGAACAUGUCUGAGGAAUUCGAAAACUCCAGAUCAAGAAGGUCAAAUGCAGUUUGUGAAACAGUUAUUUCAUAAAUUCCAAUAGCAAGCUACUUACAGUAUGCUGACAAGACUGCCAAGUGGUUAGACUGAGAAACUGAAUGAAGACAGACCAGUGAAAUAACCUUUAUACACUGAGGCAGCCUUGCAAAUCAUUCUUCAGAAGGCAGUGAACCACUACUGAAUCCACUAGACAAUACUGCUGCUAUGCACACAUUACAUGGCCAGCUACCCACCAGUAGUCACUUUCCUCACUCCCACUACCCUCCACACCAGAGAGGCUGCUGUAGUACAUCUUUGGAGUGCAUGCAAGCAGCAUCCACCACAGGAUGGCACAGCGCAGCACUAUGUUAAUUGCCCAUGAGGUGGUUCUCCCCUCCACUACGCUAGCUUAGCACACAAAUUUUCAUCCUAUGGAUGAGUCAACUCUGUUCACCUCAAGACAUCUGCAAGGUCUUGAAGAGUUUAUAGCAGGACCGCGGAGACCAGUCUCUACAGCUUUGCUCUCCUUUUAAAGCAACUUUGCUUCACUCCUGGAUUAGAAUACCUUGCCACUUUUCUAUCUUUAACCCCUCUUUAACCUUCCUUUCUAUCCUUCUUCUCUUGCUCAGAAGGCUAAGAGCUUACAUAUAUUUUUAAAAACCUUUUCAUAUGAAUUUUCAUUUACUCACUUUCAUUUUUUUUCCUCCCUGCCUCUGCAGCUCUUCCUUCCAAACCUGGCAUCUUUCCACCCAUCACCAAACUGGCUUGCAAUGCAUCCACUAUCAAUAGCAUUCCUUGGGCCCCAUCACGUUCAUGUCCCCAACUCCUGUUUAUCCAUGAUUUUCCAUCACUUAGCAAUUCUUCCCACCUUAUUUUAAACUACCUGAACUAUUUAUAAGAUAACCUCCUGGGCCUUUGGUAUCUGUAGCUUCUACUUUGUCCAUUCCAUUCCACUAAAACUAUUUAACACAGCAUCUACUUUUGCAACAUGCUAUCUCCUUUCCCACAACACUUGCUAUGUAGCUCAUUUUCCUAUAAGCCACCCACUCUAACAUUUGCAGCACUACCUACUCUCCUCCAACUCACUCUUUAGCAAGGGGUUUCAUGAAAAUACUCUCGACUUUGACUUCUACAGACUGUCACUCUGUUUUAAAUACCACCCUAUUAAUUCUAUGCUAAGAUGUCAUUUGUUCUGAAACAUUUUAAGCUGCUUUUAAAAUGUAUAGCAAAGGGUUUUUGACUUGUUAAUUUUUGAACUUAAGUGGCAUAUCCAUACAGUAGCAUGAGAUGCUCCAAAUUAAGAAUUCUAUCACACAGCCAGGAAGUGUCCCAGGAUAAGAAAAACUAGUGCUUCUUUCAUAUGAAGAAGAAGAAGAAGAAGAAGAAGAAGAAGAAGAAGAAGAAGAAGAAGAAGAAGAAGAAGAAGAAGAAGAAGAAGUCGUCAACCCUGUACCAUGCUAGCAGUAUAGAUUGCAUAGUUCUUGGUGGUCUUGAGAUGGCCUCAGCUAGUACAUGGCCCAGCACAUUGAUCUCAUAUACUCAUGCUGAGGACACAGCAUAACACAGCACACCCAACAACUGAAAUUUGGACAUGUUCUUAGUGUAAGAGUGGACAGCUGGCCUUGUGGUAGCAAGCAUGACUUGUCCCCUUAGCCAAGCAGGGGACACCCUGGUUGCAUAUGAAUGGGAGACUUGAUGUGUGAGCACUGUAAGAUAUUCCCCUCAGGGGAUGGAGUCACUCUAGGAAGAGCAGAAGGUUCCAGAUUCCCUCUCUGGCAUCUCCAAGAUAGGGCUGAGAGAGAUUCCUGCCUGCGACCUUGGAGAAGCCAUUGCCAGGCUGUGCAGAUAAUACUGAACUAGAUGGACCAGUGGUCUGACUCAGUAUAUGGCAGCUUCCUAUGUUCUUCAGUGGGUUAGGAUUGCAUUAAUGGGCCUUAUAAAGGCACCAUUUGGAGUGGUUUAUUUACUAUCAUUAUUUACUAGAUGUAAUAUUACAUCUAGAAUUCAAAGAACUAUAUGGUGUUGAGUCCAAUAGCUUGUACAUACCCAGGACCUUUUUUUACCAUUUUCCUCAGGCUACAAACUUUGAUUGCUUUGAAGCUUGGUUUGCAAAACAGGCUUAUUCUGUGGCAAGUGGGGGAGCACUGUUCAACAAACAGAUUUCUAAUCCCACUUGGAUGAAUAGUACAAGUUCUUUGGAUCUUAGCCAAUGUCUGCAAUUUAAGUUGGUUCUCUUUGUCUGUUUGGCUAAAGUGCAGUACCUGGUAUAUUCCAUAGACUUGUGGAUGAUCUGUUUCCAUCUUGUUCCUGCAACUAGAUUCAGAUAAAAUUGACAACAGAGUUUAUCUAUAAGAUUUUUGUACAAAUAUUCGAAAUGAACUGGUUGUUUUGCUCAAUUCCAGAAUCUUUGUUAAUAUAUUUGUAUUUGAAAUGCAUACAAAGAUGAGCAAUGUGUGUUAUGUGCUUGAAUUUGUACCAGAUGAAAUAAAACUUAUAUUUUUCAGCAAAA